UCAGGAACCUGCAUUUCCCCAGGUACCAUGCUUGUGUUUAAGUAGAUGAUCUUCCUUUUUCCUUUGAAGCUGCUGUCCCAGUUGGAACAUUUGGAAGUAUCCAGUACAAUCUACUGGGCUCCCCACGUGACCGAUAAGUACUUUGAAAUACCUUAUCAAGCUUCAUUUCAAGCAUUCCUGCCCGGAGCUCCCUCCAGCUCUGUGCCCUUCCAUGUCACUCCACUGCCCAGUGCCAACUUCCAGCUAGCCCUGAGCAAGGACUUCAUCAGCAAUGGUAUAGUUGUUCUGACUGGUGCUGCCAGUGUCAAUGUCACAAACCAAGGAGGGAACCAGCUAAUGACAUUGAACCUGGCAGGUCUGAUUCCUGAGGCUGUUGUCUCCAGGAUCCAGUUUUCUCUUGUUGAUGGCAAGCUGUUGAUUUCUUUAUCCCAGGACAGCUUCAACAUAGUCCAGAAUAAGUCACCUAUUGGCUCCAUCAGUGCCCAGACCUUCCAUAGAUGGAUCAAGGACCUUCUCCAGGAUAGGUUCCUCCCAACCAUGAAUGAUAUGUUCAGUGCAGGGAUCAUUCUCCCUUCUGUGCUAAACACCCAGUGGAGUAAGGUCAGCAUUGCCAUUUACCAGGGUGGCCUUGUGAUUUCAAUGUGAUUGACAAAGCGAGCACUACUCUCAAGAACGCUGAGCAGUCACAGCCUGACCACCAGAAGGAGAACACCAAGAGUGACAUGUUCCAAACCAUUACACAGGAUUUUUCCAGUUCUCUACAUUAAUCUCAUCCAUUCAUCGCCUUGCAGGUUUUAAUGCAAAGAAGAUAGGAGGCCUGAGACCUCACUUCUAUGGAGACCAUAUUUCAUGUGCCACUUCUAAUAAGUCACCUAUAACCCAUCUGCCCUGAGUGAGGCCCCUGUGGGCAGGGGAGGGAUGUGCCUAAGCAUGAGAAGUUCUUUUAGUCUCCUGUGUGAUGUCACCUUGUUUAUGAAACACCUCCCUGCUUUGGGCACCCUACCUAAAACCCAUGGUUAUCUCAGACAAAACCAGAAAAUCCAAUAAAAUUAAAUAUGGAGAUCACACUGGUCCAAGAGCCUUGGAGGAAGAAAAGUUCAAAGAGCUGUUUUACUGACAAAGAUGGAUGGGUUUGAAUCAGAUAAUUCUGGUCUGGAUUUCCAACCCCUUCUAUUGCGUGGUGCUUCAGGGUUUUGGGUUACCGCAGAGAGAAGGUCCAGAUCUUUAUCUGGGAUGUUCAAGCUGGGAUCAAGGUUAAGACCCAUUUUCAUUUGUGAAUGGUUACCUCUAUAGCCAAAUUAAAGUCAGUAGAAACAACAGUGAUUCAUCAAUCUGGAGCUGCAGGGGCAGACACACAGUGUGGGCCUUCACCCCUUAGUCCUGCCUCCCUCUGCUGAGAUACCAAUUUGGAUGUAGAUACCAGUUCAUUAGGAACUAUUAGAGGCCUAGCAGGGCAACACUGCACUCUGGGCAGUCACAGCACAUGGGGCAGUGCCAGCUGCUGAGACACUGAGACCAGCUUCUUAUUUUUGCACCCUUCCUCCCUGAAGGACAUUGCCUGGGGCAGCUGGCCUGGCUGCCCCCACUUAGCUUACCCCACAGGGAGCUGUGCUGAGACACCAGCUCCUUUCAGAGAGGCCUCAUGCAGCCAUCAGCUGGUCCUGUCCAUCCAGCUCAUGUCUGCAGCACUGACUAUCCCUGAAUCUCCUGGGAAUUUUCUCCCUGCUUAAACACGCCAAGUCCUUUUCACAGGGCUCCUUUGUCAAUGCCAGCAUGACACUUUGCUCUGAUGUCACCUAGGCAGGGAGCAGGCUGGCUGUCACUCCUGGACGGAAGGACUGCUUCAUUUCUUAUUCAGGAGAUGCAGCAGCAGAUUUCUGAGAGAGCAGCAGAGUUAGCAAGUGCCAAAGGCACUGUGGGGGGGAUGCCCUGGAGUCCUGGCUUUUCUGACUUUCCUAACAUUGACUUUACCUCCCACUCAUCAAGCUGCAACAAACCUCAAGCAGUGAUAGACACUUGUUGUGACUCUAUUCCCCUGCUGCACCCUUAGCUCCUGUCAGUAGCAUCUGUGUCUUGCAGUCACAAGAAUGUUCUAUUGAUUUACUCCAGGGUGGGUUUGUAGGGAUGCUGGCAUGGUGGAAGAGCAGAGGAAAGAGAGAGGCACUGAGGCAGCACUAACUUGGCUGGGUGGGAGCUAGCAUGGUACAUACAACAAAGGGCCUUGCAGUGCCCUCUGAGCUGUAGGCAUCAUCCUGCUCCCACAGAAAUCAAUGGGAGCUUGCCAUUGGUUUCACUGGCACCAAGAACUGGCCUUUUUUCACCCCUGAGGAAGCGAAAGGGAACUAAACUAGGCCAAAAUACAAUAAAUAUCAUUGUGAUUUGGCAGCAUCUGGACAAAAAGUCAGUCAGUCGUACUGCCAGCAGCUAGGAGCCGCAGCCAGACAUGUGGACGUGACAUGUUUAUACCCAUGUUACUUAUGUACAUUUUGUGCACUGACAUAAGGUAAACUGAUGUCUUGAGGGGACAAAUGACCAGCUCUCACAAGGCAGCUGUUGCAGUAAGUGCCAGUUGGAGUUAGGUCAUUGACUUCUCUGGGGCAGGAUGUCACCAAUCUAUGUCCUCUGCAGGGCCAUGUGGGCUGCUGACAUUUACCACCCUGGCACCUGCAUGUGGGCAGUGGCAGGGGCACUCAUGUAUCUCAGCUGCUGGUAAUCUAACCAUUGCAUUAGCUAAUUCUACUUAGACCUAACUGAUGAGAGGUUAAAAUCCAGUGGCCUGCAGUGUCCUCUUUCCACUGUAUUUCCAUUAUUCCUGUCACUAAGAAGGUUACACCAGUUGGACAUUUUUAAGGCAGCUGGUAUAGACAAGGUGUGCAAGUUGUGUCACAUGAUUUUACACCUCUUGCCAAUUUGCACUUCCCAAGAUUGCAGCCCAUGCAUUUUGGAGUGGGUAUUUAGGUCUGAUUCUCAUUCACACUAAUGCCCCUUUAUUUGACUUUAAUCCUAUAAAGGGUGCCCAAAGCAAGAAGGAAUAACCCCUGGAGCCAUGUGAAAUGACCUUACUAAAGAAAAGCAGCAGAGCAUCAGGCUGGGCACCUCCUGGACACAUGGAAAUAGGAUGUGAAGGACUGUCUCAAAAUCUGAAUACUCUGAUUUUUCUAUUACCACAAAUGUUGCAGAUUCAGAAAUUGCAGAUGCUACCUGUCUCUGGGUUGCUGUCAAUUUGUAAAACAGAUGGGCUUGCUGCAUGGACUUCACAAAUGGAAAUGUGGCUUUUGAAUCCGCCUUCAGAAGAAAACAUACACUGUCACCUCAGUGCAGCUGUCAAAGUGCUGCUAGGGGACUGGAUUCAGGUCCAAAUGGUGUGUGGGGUGAGGGUAAUAUAUGGUUUGAAGAAAGCAACACCAAUUUGACACUGAUGUAAUUAAAGCCUUUCAUCCAGCUGGAGCCCUCCAUACUUUUCAAAUGUAUUAUACAAAUGAUGGGAACAUCUUUAUAAAGACUUCACUGUUUUUCUCUUCUUUUAAAGGGAAGCCAGCUCUGGGGUGGAGCACAGCUGUAUGCAGAGGGAUUAGGCAGA